CUGCAACCUGUAAGUAAAUAACAGCAACCAAACAGCGAGGCGAGUUUAGUGACACGUUUUUGUAUAAUGUCUGCUGACAGUAACACAUUUGAAAGCGUAAAAGCUGUUAUCUUGUCAGCUCAUAAAAGCGCCACAUCAGAAGAAAAGAUCAGUUUCUACAACCGGUGGGCAGAAAACUACGAUCAGGAUGUGGCCGUUUUGGAUUACCGUGCACCAAGUCUGGCAGCAGCCUGCAUCUCGUCCCAUUUCAGCAGCUUGCGAGAGGCAGCCGUAGUGCUAGAUGUGGCUUGUGGGACCGGACUGGUGGCCAAACACAUGAAAAAAGUCGGGUUUGAACAUUUUGUGGGUGUGGAUGGAAGCGAAGCCAUGCUGGGCAGGGCCAGAGAGAGCGGCUUGUACCGGGACUUGAAGCAGUGCAUGCUGGGAGAGGAGCGUCUCCCCGUACAGUGGGGCAGCUUUGAUGUGGUUGUAAUUGUUGGAGCGUUAAGUGUUGGUCAGGUCCCUAUUGGUAUCGCCAGAGAUUUGUGCAAUGCCACCAAACCAGGUGGCUGCAUUUGCAUGACAACCAGAAGUAACCAGGAUAACUUGGAGUACAAAGCUGCCCUUGACAGCGAGCUGAGGAAGAUGGAGGAAGAGGAGCUCUGGACUUGUUUAGAGGUCACCGAGGUCAAAGACUGGGAGAGGGCUGUAUCAGAGAAGGACAACGGCUACAUAUCUGGAGUUGUGUACCUCUAUAAGAAACUGUAACACAUUA